AUGGCUAUGUUUUCUUAUUCAUGUAAAGAAGAACCCCUGACUCAGAUCGAGAAGAUUAGGGCUAGAACUAUGAUGAGGAACAACCGCAUGUUCCAAUCACUAGGUCUUGGUGCGAUAGUAUCAAUGAUUAGGAAGGCAAAUGCACGUGAAGACGGUAGUGCAGCUACUUGUAAUGAAUCGGCAUCUACCAUAACACAAGAUGGAAGCUCAGACUACAACCCUAAAGAUGAUGAAGUUAUUGAUGGAGAGGAAGUUGAUGACAAAUUAGUGAAGAAGAAAGGAAAGAAAGUAAGGGAGGAUGUUGACAAGAGCCUGCUGCACAAGGGUCAAGGACCACUGCGAACUGAUGAUGAGUUGGCCUCCAUGGAAGAAGGAAGCAGGAUGUGCAUGGACCUCAGCCCCGUUGCACCUUCUGUGGUCAGCAAUCAUGGCCAUGAGUUGAACUUGACAGUCCUUUCUACAGAACCUGAGCAGCCAAUGGGUGAUGAAGGCGCUGUUGAUGUGGUCAAGAGUUCUAGGAAUGGCAAAGGGCUAGAAAAGUUGACACGUUUAAUGGGAGCAAAGGUGAGAAUUGAAAUCGCUGAAGGGAUGAGGCGUCCGGAGAAGCCCGUGCAGGCUGCAAAGCUAGCAUCUGAGGGUGGCCUCAUUGCGAGAGCUCAUAUGACGCUGCUUCCUCACUUCAAGGAGUAUAAAAAGAACCCAAGUCUUGUGCAGAAUUAUAUAGGAAAAGUAUCUGCAAAUUUUGAGAUGGACACGGAAUCAAGUGUCAUUGAGUAUGCAUGCACUGAUAUCUUGAAGAAUUUGUUGAGGAACAGACGCCAUUAUGUCAAGAAGCAGUACUUUGACAAUGUCGAAGCAAGCAAGGUUAGCAUCAAGUCCCCUGUUUCUGACAUAACGGAUACUGAAUGGCAAAGGUUGGUCGAGCUGUGGUCAACUCCAAGACACAAGGAGACAUGUGCCAAUAACAAGGUUAAUCGAACCAAAGUCAAGUUUGCGCAGAAAACUGGUUCAAGAUGCUAUGUUGCUCAUCAAGAGCAAAGAAAGGGUGAAGUGUUAUCUGCAUUGGACAUUUUCAAGGCGACACACAACAGCACCAAACAUGGAUUCUCAGAGGAUGUUCAAGUUGCUAUAGUAACUGAGAUGGAAGAGAAGAUGACUGCUCCUGUACAAGAAGGCGAAGAGCGAAAGUCUUCUGUUUCAGUUGUUGCGGAACCAAACUCUACUAGCAAGUCCAGCAAGUCAAAUGCUACUUUCAAUGCUCGUGUGCUAGAUCUACAAGAGCAGCUCGAGAUGUCGCGUCACAGAAGUGAAGUUAUGCGUGAAGAAAUGGAUGCUAUGAAGAGGAAGGCAGCAGAAGCUGAAGCUGCACAAGCUGAACGUGACAAGUCCUAUGAGCUGCUGCUCAAGAAGGCGAAAGAAAAUGAUGCGAAGUAUGCUCAGCUGAUGGCGUUGCUUGGAGCCAAAACAGGAAACUAG